CUUCGCUCCCCUCUUCAUAUUCUCUCUCUCUCUCUCUCUCUCUCUCUCUCUCUCUCUCUCUCUCUCUCUCUCUCUCCAUCUCUCCUGUUUUUUUCCCAUGCGCAAAAUCAACCUUUUUUCUUGCAUCCUUUCCCCAUAGUUUCAAUUUCAGCUUGUUCAUCAAUUGUAUUGGAUUGUAUUUUGUCUCCCCUCUCUCUCCCUCUAUCUAUCUCCCCCUCUCUCUCUCUUUUUCUCUCUCUCCUCUCUCUCCAUCUCUCCCCCUUCCAUUCUCUGUCUUUCCCUUUUUCUCAUCUUGGAGACAGUAGUGUGCAUGCAGCCUCAAAUCUAAGCUGCUGCCUGUCAGGCUGCUCCGUUUAUGCGCUCUGCGCUGCUCUCGUUUCCUCUUCUCUGCCCUCUGCGCUAUACUGCACUGCACUGCACUGCUCUGCUCAUCUCUCUUCUCCUUUCCAUUCCUCUUCUCACAUCUCAAUCUCUUUCUAUCUUCUACCUUUUUCUCUUCCUGAAUCCUUUUCACAUUACAAGCUCUUUUAUCCACUGUGCAUUGCCGUGCUCUGCUCUGUUGUUUGGGAAAAUAUUGUUCACUCUGGGUUUUUUCGCGCCACCGCUCUACACGCUCCAGCUACUGGUGGAGGAGGAAUCAGAUGCUCCUGGGGCUCCAGGUUUGGCUUGCUUCGAACCUUUUGGAUCUGUGUGGACGGAGUGGAGAGGAGGACAGGGAGGAAGGGUGGAGGGGCAGUCAGCUGCCCAGGUGAGCGCUUCAUCUGCCCAGGGAGGUAAAGGCUGGCAGUGGUGGUGGCGGCAGUAGCGGCUGUUUUUUGUCCAUCGAGGGUCAUGCCCUGGGAAUUGCGUGCUUUUCAGCAGUUGGAGUUGGAGACCCUCUCCUAUUUUUGCCCCCCUAGUGGGGCAGCAUUGAUCCUGGUGCCGCGAAAAGCUGCCGGGCACCAGUGGCUGCUCCGAGAAGAGUGGGCACCAUGAACCAACUGGACGCGCCACGGCCAAUCAACUGGACCAUCAGAAAACUGUGCCAUGCAGCCUUCCUGCCAUCUGUUCGCCUGCUAAAGGCACAGAAAUCGUGGAUAGAAAGAGCAUUCAGCAAGAGAGAAUGUGUUCAUAUCAUAGUGAGCGCCAAAGACCCCCAUAGGUGCUGUUGUGGUCGUCUGAUAGGUCAGCAUGUGGGCCUGCCUCCUGGCAUCUCAUCCAGUCAGAAUGAUAAGGCAGAGCGUUUGGCCAAGAAUGACAGCCUGUCAGAGAAGUGGUCCAUCACCAAGCACACACAGCUCAGUCCCACCGAUGCCUUCGGCACCAUCGAGUUCCAGGGAGGAGGACACUCCAACAAAGCCAUGUACGUGCGAGUGUCGUAUGACACCAAGCCUGAUUUGCUGCUUCACCUGAUGACCAAGGAAUGGCAGCUGGACCUGCCCAAGCUGCUCAUCUCAGUCCACGGGGGCCUGCAGAACUUUGAAUUACAACCCAAACUCAAACAGGUCUUCGGCAAAGGGCUCAUCAAGGCUGCCAUGACAACAGGCGCCUGGAUAUUCACUGGUGGGGUCAACACAGGUGUGAUUCGCCAUGUAGGUGACGCACUGAAAGACCACGCCUCCAAGUCAAGGGGGAAGAUCUGCACCAUUGGCAUCGCCCCGUGGGGCAUCGUAGAAAAUCAGGAGGAUCUUGUUGGCAAAGAUGUGGUGCGUCCAUACCAGACCAUGUCCAACCCGAUGAGCAAGUUGACGGUUCUAAACAGUCUCCACUCCCACUUCAUCUUGGCAGACAAUGGCACCACGGGAAAGUACGGCGCCGAGGUCAAACUGCGACGCCAGCUAGAGAAACACAUCUCUCUGCAGAAGAUCAACACACGUAUUGGUCAGGGUGUGCCGGUGGUGGCUCUGAUUGUGGAGGGAGGUCCUAAUGUGAUCUCCAUUGUGCUGGAGUACCUCAGGGACACUCCUCCAGUUCCAGUGGUGGUGUGUGAUGGCAGUGGCAGAGCGUCAGACAUCUUGGCCUUUGGACACAAAUACUCUGAGGAGGGAGGCAUAAUUAAUGAGUCACUAAGAGACCAGUUGCUGGUGACCAUCCAGAAGACAUUCACCUACAGCCGCACUCAGGCCCAACAUCUGUUCAUCAUUCUCAUGGAGUGCAUGAAGAAGAAGGAGCUGAUAACAGUUUUCCGGAUGGGGUCGGAGGGACAUCAGGACAUUGACCUUGCCAUCCUCACUGCAUUACUCAAAGGUGCCAACGCCUCUGCUCCUGACCAGCUAAGUUUAGCUCUAGCGUGGAACAGAGUGGACAUCGCCCGCAGUCAGAUCUUCAUCUAUGGACAGCAGUGGCCUGUCGGUUCCCUGGAGCAGGCGAUGCUGGAUGCCUUAGUUCUGGACAGAGUUGACUUUGUAAAGCUCCUGAUUGAAAACGGAGUCAGUGUGCACCGUUUCCUCACACUCUCCAGAUUGGAGGAGCUCUACAACACGAGGCAUGGACCAUCCAACACGCUGUCCCACCUUGUACGAGAUGUCAAAAAGGGAAACCUGCCCCCGGACUACCGCAUUAGCCUCAUCGACAUUGGCCUGGUCAUUGAAUACCUCAUGGGCGGAGCUUAUCGGUGUAACUACACCAGGAAGAGAUUCAGAACUCUGUACCACAACCUGUUUGGACCCAAACGGCCCAAAGCCCUGAAACUGCUGGGGAUGGAGGACGACAUGCCAAUCCGCAGAGGCCGCCAGAAGACCACGCGCAAACGAGAGGAAGAGGUCGACAUCGAUUUGGACGACCCGGAAAUCAACCACUUCCCUUUCCCCUUCCACGAACUGAUGGUCUGGGCCGUCCUCAUGAAACGUCAGAAGAUGGCACUGUUCUUUUGGCAGCAUGGCGAAGAGGCCAUGGCGAAGGCUUUGGUAGCCUGUAAGCUUUGUAAGGCCAUGGCGCACGAAGCCUCGGAGAACGACAUGGUGGAUGACAUCUCCCAGGAACUAAACCACAACUCUAGAGAGUUUGCCCAGCUGGCGGUGGAACUCCUCGACCAGUCCUAUAAACAAGAUGAGCAGAUGGCCAUGAAGCUGUUGACGUACGAGCUGAAGAACUGGAGCAACGCCACCUGCCUGCAGCUGGCGGUAGCGGCCAAACACAGGGAUUUCAUCGCUCACACCUGCAGUCAGAUGCUGCUGACCGACAUGUGGAUGGGACGCCUGCGCAUGCGCAAGAACUCCGGUCUGAAGGUGAUCUUAGGGCUACUACUGCCUCCGUCCAUCCUGAGUCUGGAGUUCAAGAACAAGGACGAGAUGUCGUACAUGCCCCAGGAUCAGGAGACCUACCUGCAGGAGAAGGAGGAGGAGGAGCCUGAGAAACCGGUCAAGGAGAAGGAGGAUGAAGACAUGGAGUUCACAGUAAGAUCUUACUGUGAGACGCAGUACAACUCCGUGGCAAUGCUGGGUAAGGUUACCACGGAGACAUCCAGAAAGAAGGAUGUUGAGGAGGUUCAGAACCGCCACCGCCUCAUCCCCCUGGGACGCAAAAUAUACGAGUUCUACAACGCGCCGAUUGUCAAGUUCUGGUUCCAUACGAUGGCAUAUGUGGCCUACCUCAUGUUGUUCAACUACAUCGUCCUGGUGAAGAUGGAUCUGUGGCCGUCUCCUCAGGAGUGGAUCGUCAUCGCUUACAUCUUCACUAACGGCAUCGAGAAGAUGAGAGAGAUUCUGAUGUCAGAGCCAGGGAAGUUGUUACAGAAGGUGAAGGUGUGGCUCCAGGAGUACUGGAACAUCACAGACCUCAUGGCCAUCCUCAUAUUCUCGGUCGGCAUGGUUCUGCGUCUCCAGGAGCCGCCGCUCAUGAGCUACGGCCGAGUCAUCUACUGUGUCAACAUCAUCUAUUGGUACAUCCGGCUGCUCGACAUCUUUGGGGUCAACAAGUACCUGGGACCCUACGUGAUGAUGAUUGGCAAAAUGAUGAUCGACAUGAUGUAUUUUGUGAUCAUCAUGCUGGUGGUGCUGAUGAGUUUUGGGGUGGCGCGUCAGGCCAUCCUCCACCCGAACGAGGACCCGUCCUGGAUGUUAGCCCGGAACAUCUUCUUCAUGCCUUACUGGAUGAUAUACGGAGAGGUGUUCGCAGACCAGAUCGACCAUAUGCAUAGUAGGAAGUUACAGCACAGGCUGAAUGAAAAACUCUGGCUGGGCGAAAAUUUCUUGCGAACUCACGGAACCUGGCGUAAUAUUGGUCCAUCCCACAUUGGCCAGUGCAGUCAAAAUCCCACUCCCUGUGGGCAGAACAUCACAACAGAGGACGGGGGGGUGGUGUCCCUGCCUCCCUGUAAGACGGGUGCCUGGAUCGUCCCGGCCAUCAUGGCGUGCUACCUGUUGGUUGCCAACAUACUCCUGGUCAACCUUCUCAUAGCUGUGUUCAAUAACACAUUCUUCGAGGUGAAGUCCAUCUCCAACCAGGUCUGGAAGUUCCAGCGCUACCAGCUCAUUAUGACCUUCCAUGAGCGGCCAGUCCUUCCUCCACCACUCAUCAUCUUCAGUCACAUAACCAUGGUCCUUAAGCACCUGUGCUGUCGCUGGCGCAAGCACGACGACGACGAGAGGGACUACGGAUUGAAGCUUUUCAUCACAGAGGACGAGCUGAAGAAGGUCCAUGACUUCGAGGAGCAGUGUAUAGAGGAGUACUUCAGGGAGAAAGAUGACAGAUUCCACUCUUCAAAUGAUGAGAGGAUCAGAGUCACCUCUGAAAGGGUGGAGAACAUGGCCAUGCGUCUGGAGGAAGUCAAUGAGAGGGAACACUUCAUGAAGGCGUCGCUGCAGACUGUUGAUAUUCGUCUGGCACAAAUGGAGGAGCUGAUCGGCCGAAUUGCCGUCGCACUGGAGCGUGUGACAGGGGUCGAACGGGGUGAGGUCAACAAAGUGCGUUCCAGGACUUCAUCUGACUGCACAGACUCUGCAUACAUUCUCCGCCAUGGUGAGUGCCCGGAUGCAACAUACAUCCUUCGCCAAAGCAGCUUUAACAGCACAGAGGGGAAUACCUACCGUAUGCAGGAGGCACUGGAGGGAACAGCUGAGGGCUCCAUGUCCCCUCCGUCUCCUACUGGCAUGGCCACACGGACAAGAAGCCACUCGUUUUAUGUUCGUGGCGGUGAACGCCCAAGUGGAGCUGAGAGAGCCGAGAGCUUCUUCAAAGAGCGCUCGCUCAGUCUCCACCGAGCCAACAGCUCACAAUCUGUGUCCUCAGCUGCCGCCCCCAAGGAGUCUAAGCCCCUCCCCUUGGCGACGCUAUCGGUAUCCCAGCAACACCGUCCAUCAUCAUGCAUUGAUAUCUAUGUCUCAACUUCUGAGGAGGUGGGGCCUUCGGAGGUCUUCUUGGAUCCUCUCCGUGUGGUCCCGCCACUCCAGAGAGACCUGUCGCUGCAGUCAGAUAUUAUGGAGACGGUGUUGCCGGGAGGCCGGGACUUCAGCAGCGCUGCCACCAGUGGUCUGGGCGACAGGCACUCUGAGGGCAGGCCAGGCAGCAGCGCAACAGCUGGAGCUAUGUUUGACGACAGUGCAGCUGCUGAUUUGUCCUUGUGCUCAGCCCACCUCUUACCCGACACAACCUUACCUCUGUGGGACAUGGAUCCAUCCCCACCUCCCUCAGCAGGGCUGCUUGAACGCUCUAAGAGCAGUCGCUACCUCUGUACGGCAGGCACAUCGUUCCUGGAUGAGCCUCCUCUGGUCAAAUCCCACAGCCUCAUGUUCACUCCAAGAGGCUGCUACAGCGGACUGGGGGCAGGCGUCCAGGUAAAAGCUGCAGAGUACACCAGCAUCACUGACUGCAUCGAUACACGCUGUGUCUCAGCUCCAUACACUCCAGCAGAACGCUCCCACUCCCCUGGAGGCUCCACCUCAUUCCCCUUUGAUAAGCCUUCAGACAUUGGCUCAUCUCACCCAGAGAGAGAGGCAGAGCUUAGUCACACAGAGUCUGAUCCAGAGGACCCUGAGGACCUGAUUCCAGCCCCUGAUACCCCUCGCCUAGGGGGCCUUGGCGGGCCCAGUGGGGCCCCUCUCUGCUCCCCCUACUCCAGGCUGGAGCGGGCAAACAGCUGCUCCUCAGAUGACUCCCAUCCUUCCCUCACGCUGGCCCCUCCACACCGGAAGAGCCUGUCAGUGAGUGAGAGGAUGGAGAGGGGAUCGGGUCUGGGGGCAGACAGGGUGCCUGGGCCGGGGGGCCGGGGUCUGGCAGGAACCAGAAACCCCUUCCUCAGGAGCAAGUCUGGAGCACGGCCUGAAACAGCCAAGACUGACAGCCUCUCCAUGAGGAAACUGGCCACUCCGUCAGCUUUCCGCAGCUUUGAUAGACAAAACUACACGUGACAAGGACACUGGUCAGCUCAUUCACAUACUGAUAGGACCAGGGAGGAAAAGGGCCCAGGGCAAAAGUGAAAGCAGGGUGGAGUUGCCCAUUGCUCCUAAUCUGGACCAGAUCUACAGUUUUUACACUUAUGUUUUAGUCUAGAGAAGGUUAUAAAAGUUUUUUCAUAGUACGUGCAGGAGGGGCAACUUUACCCUGGGUCAUGAAUCAGGAAGAAGGGAUGUUAGAUGCAGAGGUCCUACUGUACACCAGUCAAAUACCAAGAGCUAUGAAUCUAGACUAGUUUUUACCUCUUCUUGUAGCUAAGUAACUCUCAAUGGGGUGUUAUGGCAAUGGAAGGUGUCUUUGUACUGUGUGUCUUCCACCCACCACCUUUACGUCAAGUAGACAGCUGUCACUGUGUUACAUCACAUAUCAAUCACAUUAGUCAGAGAAAGUGAACUGUCCCUCCUAGCUGUUUCGUUUGGUAGAACCUGCCACGUCUGACAGACGGACACAGAGAGAGGAGGAAGAACGCUAAAACCACCACCUCAUUUUGUCAGUUUGUCUUAGCAUAGAGUCAUUACUGUCACGAAACUGAACGUUCACAUCAAGUACAUUUUCCUCUCUUAAUCCUAACUCCACACUGUACGACCCCAGCACAAGCAAAGCAGAGCUGACAUUUCUCUGGCUGGUCCAUAACGGAAUCAGCAAAGUGUUUGGAAACCCUCGUGGUUUGGAGACAAUGGCAGUAACAUGGCAACAACUUACCUCUGGAUACACAAAUACACCUUUCAAAUAAUCACUAUUUAUAUCAAGCGUGUCUUUCGUUCACGUAUUGUAGCAAAAUUUAUCUACAGGACUGUGUUUAUUUCUUCUGUCGGAUCAGCCAGAAAAAGAGAGCCGUGUUUUAACUCAUGCCAGACAGUUGCAGGUCUCCAGUCCAUCUGUUUCUGCAGUGACUGGACAAGUUCAAUCUGUUUGAUUUGCCACGCGAUACAACUGAGAAGGAAAAAGCGAGAAAGAGAAUGUGACACGAAGACUGAAAAUCAGCAGGAGACAAUAUCCAGUGUUUUACCGCUCAGGCUUUCAGCGCAGACUCCAGGCAUGAGUCUGUAUAUCAGGAAAGUGAACAGUCAGUGCUUCGAAGACCAACACACGAGAAGGGAAAUGAGAUAAGACGAGUUCUUUAAAGUGCGUGUUGACAUUAACAUACACAAGACCGCACACAUACAUGGUCAGUAAAAUCCUACUCACUUGUGGUAAUAACUUCAACUUCAUACCUGAGCCCAGAGAUUUAACAAGUGCAAUUGCAAAAAACGGGGACAAGAGGGCGCUGUGAGCCUAUUUCAGAGCUUGCUGGGUGAACCCGGGGCAAGUUCAUCUUUGAUUAAACGUUGCAUGAUGUUUGUUUAAACAGAAACUGUGGCGUGUUGAUAUACACAUCACUGCUGACUCACAUUUGGACUUUUGAGUAUCAUGUUGCCCAAUCUUAUGUUGCCUAAUAAUAAUUAUAUUUAAUCUUGAAUCUUUAUUGGGCUACACCUCUAACACACCCACCAAACAAAAGAACAAAAACGGCCAUUACAGGUUUCCAGGAAACACAUCGUUCAACAUACGUCUUGAUUGAACGUGCCCCCAAGUGUGGACCUUUCUUCGCCAGCACCUGACGCCAAAAAAUCCUUCCACUCCACCAAUUGUAGCUCUCUUGUAGCCCAGACCCCCCCACCUCAGCCCCCUCCUUCAGGUUUUGGCAGUGGCAUUAUGUUGCAAUGGUUUUUACAUCCACCAACAGCUAAUGGAUCCGUCCUUCAUCUCUUCCAUAACUGUCUUUCAUUUGCUUUUCUCUUGUAUUUAUUUAUUAUUGAUUAUUUUUAUUGCAUUCAGCUUCUGCAAAAGCAGACUUUGAAAAGAAAGCACUUGCCCCCAUGACUGAGCCCAUUACAAAUCAUCAACUGGUCCAGAAGAGGUCCUGCAGGAGGAGGAGCUCAUUUAUGAAUUUUUAAAAAGAGAGAAACACGCUUGGGAAUGAGCUAUAUGCAUUCUAGCUGAGAUUAAAGAAGGGUGUGUAUUCACACAGGAUGAAAAGUGGGACUAUUAUUGAAAAGAUGAAAGCCAGAUAAGUGAUUUAAAAUUUUCUAAUUUUUUUAUUCUAGUAGCGGAAGAAGUGUGGUGGUGGUGGGGGAGAAGAUGUCCUUCUUUAAUCGCUCUAUAAAGAUAAAAAUAUAGGUGAAAUUAUUAGAAUUCCUACUGAUUUUUUUAAUGUUUAUGUUUUAUAUUUCCUCGCUAUUACAAUUCAUUUCAAUCAUGUUGCAUUAAUUUUGAGAUUGAUUCUAUUUAUUGACACUUUCUUGCUCAUUGAUAAUUAAAAGAAAUGCCUGUUUGAAUUAUUACAAAUUUAAUAUUUAUAUCUUCUCAGUGAUAUUUUUGUCGAAUUUUAAGUAUUUUCUAAUUAAGCUUUUAAAUUUAAUAAAAGUUGACCAUCUACAUGCACUAAAUGCUGAUGUAUUAUAUUAUUUAUUAAAUAUAGAAUUGUCUGAUAUACUGUACAUUUCAAUCAUAUCUAAAGUAUUUAAAGUAGUUUUUAUUGUACGUUUUAUCAAGCAACUUAUGAGAAUUUUCUAAUAUGAUGUUGACGAGGCAAUAACGAUUUGCCAGUAUAACAAACUUCGGGUGCCUUUUGGGGCGUCGAAGGAAAAUGUGGGGACUGAAGUGAUUCUUAAGUCUGUUCAAUUUCUCACCUUUGUUUUCUUUUUCUCUCUCUAGUCACAGAACCUGAAUAUCAGUGAUUAUUCUCAACAUGUGGCUUCUACACACUCUCAUAGACAUUUGUUGAUCUCUUCAAACACGCCUGAAGCCCAGAGUAGGGGGACUGACUGCAUCAGGGCUGGUGUGGACAUUUUUUGGAUCUGUCCAAACACAUACAAAGACAGGAUUGAGAAUAAUGGGUUUUAUAGCUGAAGAAGAAAAAAAAAAUCUAUUUGCACGUGAAAGUGAGACAUGAGGACGAGGGUAUAGCAUCAUCGUGAGGUCGGUGCUGUUGCAGUAAAUCCGUUUUCUUGAUUGAGUUGAAUGCUUUGACUUAUCUCUGUGUCACAACCCAGUCUGCUGCAUGAUACAAACUCUUCACAUGUCCACUACACCUGACUCAAAAACCUUAAAUCACGGGUACAAUGCAUUGCAACUCCCAAGUUGAGGGGCUUACAGGAAAACCGGCACACAGUAGUGUUUAAAUCUGCUCGAUCUGGAUUGUUAUUUGGAUCUGACACUCGUAAAUAUUUGUCCCCUCCACAUGUUUGAUUUUUUCCAUCCGGAGCAAUGAACUAUUCUCAGAGAAAUCAAGGAAAAUGGUGAAAAACGCCACGUUGAAGAAAGUGUAAAAACAUUCCUGGAUCCACACCAAAAUGUCAUGGCUUGGGUCUUAUCUCACCCCUCCACAAAAACCUAACCUCCUUGGUAAAAGGAAUCAUCAUAGUCGAAGCAGCAGAGGCUGAGAUACUCAAACAUUUAGUCCAAGUGUGGAUGAAGCUUGAAAAAAGGAUGGACUCCAUAAUUCCUGUAAUGGAUCUCAGUGGCAUCUUUUCUUAAGAGUCUCCCGGGAUGUUAAAUGUGCUUAUCUUUCAAGUUCCUAGUCCCCAGUUAUUACCACAGCUUGUGUGUGAAAUAUUUGAAGUGUAACUGAACAUCAGGUUUUCUCAGACUUCAGAAAGCUCCUUUCGAAGGCUGAGUGGUACCGUGACCAAAAACUGACCUUUAUUUGUUAAAUCAGCGGAAUGCCCCUUUAACUCAGUUAUUAAAUACCAGUAUGAAUUGCGUUGUGGACACAUGGGUAGUAUGAAUCAUGUAGGUUGGACAGAUCGGGGGUAACACAUGAUGAAGGAUCGCAACUGCAGUUUCCUCGACAAAUAUACCGUUCGUUUUAGAGAAGAAAGGUUGACACCAAGUCAAUGCUCAGGGAUACAUUACUCCAGUGAUGCAAGGUCAGAAGAAAGAAAAGAAAGAAAGAAGAGUGACUUCAGCUUCCAGUAUAAACACUGUGCUUUAUGAGUCGAACCCAGAGUCUUUGGGGAUCAUAGAUAAUCUAUACAUUUUGUAUUUGUCGUCUUCAGUAAUAGUUUAUGAAUGAAUGUCUUCAUCCCUAAAUGACUCGUUCACCAUUAGAAAUCUUAACGUCACUAUAGUGCGAACAAUAAGGGGGGGGGGGGAUUUCAUUUGGAGCUUCUUGGAGGAUUGUGUUUUGAUAACGAGGGCUUUGGUCACACACAGUCGACCCUCACAAACCAAAAUUUGCCAAACCAAAUGGAGCUGAGCUGAGUCGUGCUCUGCUGACCUGUCGUCUACUCAGCUGUGGCGAACAGGGUUAACCAAGCAAAGGUCGGACAGCUCAGCUCGGCCUCGCGUGGCCAAGUAUGAUACAGACGACUGUGUCGGACUGAAGGCUCCCUCCCUCCUAUUCGACCCAUCGCGAUAGGAAAUCCAAAAUAUCCUUUUCUUUAUCCUUACAGUAAGGGUCACCAAAUACCGUACAUGUCCGUGUAUACACGAUUCUUCAACGGUUCUGUGAUAUGUUGACAUGGCAUCCGUGGACGGUGUCGACGAGAGGCGUGUGCAUGUAUGCGCUACGUGCGAGUGUGCGUGUACUGUGUGUGAAUUCAGAAAUGUUUGAUGACAAUAAAAACAGGGAGGCAUGCCAACACAACACAACCCAACAGAAUCUCAAUGUACAGUAUUUUUUAAAACAUUCUCCUCUACUGUAUCUUACAGUAUUGUGGAAUGGUGACCAUAUACGUACGAUGAUAAUCAACAGAUCCACUUGCCUCCUGUAUGACGACCUCUGACUCAUUAGAUAAAGAGAGUUUCACGCACACAGUUUCCUGCAAUAAUUGCCUAUGUUGUGCUUCGACAACACAAAAAGGACUUACGCCCCCACUGGUCACACUUUUAUGUAACGUCCUUUAAAUGCAUGCGGUUCUUCCACCCAGAGUGUACACAGACGACCUGUAAAGAUGACAAUGAUGAUGAGAGAGAGAUUAUAACAUGAAAUCAAAGUAGUGAGUAUUUGGAUGCAAAUACAAAUCUGUAUUCUUCAAUGUGAAUAGGAUCAUGUCUGGCAUGCAUUGUUAAAUAAACGAUUAAAUACUGUAGAUUGGUACCCGCUGUCUCGCCUGUUUUUACUUCACCUGGAUCUUUAACCUUUCAGUGACAGAAAGACUUGUGAUUAAUGUGAGAAAUGUGUGGUUAACUCUAUCAUGUUUGUUUCAAUAGAUUACGGCAAGAAGAGCAGCAUCAGAGACAUAAAGUCUCAUCCUGGUGCUGUUACAAAUUGUUAGAUCCAUGAGUUUAUAAAAACCUGCAGGGCUAAAAACAUCAGGAACAUCUGCAUUUCUCCUAUUCCCUUCAUGGUGUUGAACUGGGGCCGGGGGCCGUUAACCUCAUUGUCGCAGAGCUCAGAAACAACAAAGCCUCACGGUGUGUAAACCAUCAGCUACUGAGCCACAUCACAUGAGCUGCUCUGCAGUGAGAACAGGACGACAGACUGCCACUGCUCCCCCCCACCCCCACCCCCACCGGCUGCUGGUGAGACGAGUGCUACAGGUGUGGAUUGGUGCUUUAAAAAAAAGAAACGCCACCAUGAGUCAGAACCACAUUGUUGGAUCGAUUCCACAGGGGAAUGUGAUGUGUUUUACAAGUAAUGAAGAAGGGGCGAGUUUUCAAGAGAAUUGCCACUCAUUGGAAAUGAUUAUUUAUAGUAAUGUGACAUUUUGCAACACGCACGUUUCUUGCAGUUUACUUUCCUUCAUGGUUUUCCUCUGCUCCUCGGCUCGAGUCUGUAAAACACACAGUCAGCAUGUGUGUGUCAGUUUGUUGUAGUAAAAUAAAACCGUGCACAAGCUGAAAAUCACCACUUCUGAAAAUACGUGGGUGCUGCUUUGCAAAUACUUUGCUUCAUCCUGCUUUGUGUACACGAUAACAUGAACACCUCCACCUGCACUACCUGUAUAACAAUACAGUCAGAGCUGUUGUGUUAUUGUCUCUUUUGUAAAGCAACAUUCCUUUUUAGUACACACAGUGCUUUAUUAGGAGUUGAUUCACAUUUGGCACAAUCUACCUUCCAUAUAUAAGACUGCAAUCUCCAGUAUGGCCCAAAACAACACCUCAGGAGUUGAAUCUUCAUUUAUCUGAAGUUAUGUUCUGAAGUUAAAUAAAAGACUCAUUGGUGGGAUGUAACAUUGUACUGUACAUUUAUUUAGUUAUUGUACUUAAGUACAUUUUUCAUUACAUGUACUUUACUUAAGUAGAUUUAUUUCCAGGUACUUUUCACUUUUACUCCACUACAUGUAUCAACAAAUAUCUACUACAUUUUAACAAUGGAUUGUUUUACAUAUUUAAAAUGUUUUUUUAAAUAUUUUAUAAAAAAUCAAUUACUAGAAGUGAUUUGGUCCAUUGAUCCAAUCAGAGCAGGUAGACCAUGAGACCAUAAGAUGAAAGUCUGUAUUAUAUAGAAUAUAUGUAGUUGACCAUUGCAUAAGGGAAUAUAAGACUACACUUAAGUACUCUACAAUUACUUUUACCUUUAAUACUUUAAGUAUAUUUAAAAGGAAGUACUUACUUUUAGUCAAGUAGAAAAAAAUUUCUAUUUAUUUGUAUUUUUACCAUUGUAAAAUGUUUGAGUACUAGGCCUAUACCUCGAGCAGUCAAAAUUCUAUUUGGGUCAAGUAAAUCAGCAAAAUGUGUCUAAGGUAAAAGUACUGCAAAUACAGGUGUAAUAUGAAGAAAGUGUAAGGGUAACAUUUUUUAUUAUUUCUGCCUGAAAUGUGGUAAUGUAAAAGUAUAAAGUACUAUUGAAUGAAAAUACUCAAGUAGCCUAUAGUUCCAAGUACUUUGUAUGUAUUUUUUCACCACUGCAUGGUCGUUUCCUAUCAUUAUGAGUCAGCCAUUAUUCCUUUUCCUGUUUAGUGACUUUGCCUGUGCUUCAGUGUUGUUGUAGACUACAGGCUCCACGCCUCCCUGUUGUGUGUCUGUUGUGUGUCCGCUGUGCAGCCCUGGCUCCUGCUCCUGACUGAACCGGGACUUCCGGUGUGUCCCGCGCUCGGUGGGGGCCCGGGUGCAUGGGGUUGUUCCUGAAGCGCGCGUGUCAGCGGCGGUACACGCGCACGAGGAAGGGAACGUUCUGUACUCGGAUCACGCACGUGCCCUCCUCUGUUACCGCACGCGCACUCCAAAAGAAGUUCAUAAUUUUUUUUCUUACGCAACCACCGUGUCGUGUCGGCCGGUGUCAACACAAUAACAUGACCCAGAUGCGCCGCGCACUCGGACUGAACUCUGGCACCUCCGUGAGAAGGAGGGGGAGGAGGAGGUGGAGGAGGGAGCUCCUCUCCUUCCUCAGAAAUGUUUACCGCUGUGCUGAACUGAAGGAGGAGCCGAGCGGAGCGCAGGGAGGCCACGGGCGAAAACCUCCAGUUACAACCAGAUUGUAUUCCUAGAAAUCCAGACUUUCUUCCGCCACCACAGAGGGGGCGGGGCUCCAGCACGAUCCAGGAAAAGGGGCGAAAGGUUCCUGCAGGGACUCGCUCGGCAGCUGUUGUCCUCAGACAGACACUUUGUGUUCAGUUUCAUGAACCUUCAGUCUCGGACAUGUUGUUUCUCACACUGUGGGUCAGCAGAAAUCAGAUUUUUUUUUACGCAGUGACAUGUCUGCUGCAGUGCCCAGAUGAUCCCGCCCCUACAGGGAGGAGGGUGUAUGUGCAGCUGGUUGUGAGGAGUGGCUCUGUUGUUGUGAAGUGUUGCUACACAGUUUAGUCACAUCAUCACACACACAGUGGAGUAUCACUAACACACAGGGAGGACUUUACCCGACCUGGGUCAUGAUGUGCCACUAAAAUACAGGAAAACCCCUCAGCGUGUGUGUGGGUGUGUUGUUCUUAUAUAUAAACUGCUUCAGGCAGGGAAAUGUGUCCAAACGAUGUGUGCAGAGUUCAUGUCAAGGAGAAACUAUUGCCAGGCAGUGUUGCUCAACCUUCCCCCCACAGCUGAGAGGGGGUUUUCAAGGAACUUCGGUCAUGAAUGCACUCAGAGCACCUCUCUUUUUUUGUAGCUGGGGGUCUUGUUACAGUUUCAGGUGCACUGAGUGCAUAUAUAUAGAGAGACCUUAACCUAUAUAUCUGUCUGUCUUGUAAGCUGUUACAAUACUGUCUCCAGAAUAGGUUUUUUUUGUUUGAAUGUGCAUAUUCAAAAAUGAAUGCAAAUAAAACACCUCUAAAACUUUACAGAAA